GAGACAAAGGCGGUCGGGCGUGGUGCUGGCCACCCACCCCCUCGUGUACCGUUCCGGCCUUCAUAGGUGCUCGCUAACGGCACUUGCCCCUACAGUUUGUUAAGGCUUUGCGGGGGAUCUUUAUCUUUAUGCAGAGAGCUGCCCGUGUCACCCCCCCCCCACUCCCUUUCGCUCAGCCAAUCACGCGCGCGCUCCUCGAGUCGCACGGAAUAGCCCAAAAAUCUCAACGCAGCCGCUCCUCCGCUCUCUCAAUGCCCGAUGCUUCUUCCACCCACACGGCAGCUGGAAAGAGGCGCAGUGAGACUGCAACGACCGGGGAAGAUACUUGCAUGACCAGGGAGCGGGUGGGUCGAGGGGGGUCACUAAUGCAGUGGUAGUGCAACAAGGCUCUUAACGAAGACGAUAACAGAGGGAGGGAGGGGUUCGGUGGUUAACUCGGCUUCUACAAAAGAAAUCGUGGGGAAAAAAAAAAGUUUGAUAUUUUCUCCGUGGUCUUUGAAUUGAAAAUAUUUUUUUGGCAGGCGGGUUGGGGGGGGCACCGGCAUCUCACUCCAUUCUCGGGCUGUUGUCGACAUGGGGGAGGGGGGGCGGUGACGGCUGUGAAGAGUGAACAACAGUGCGCGGCCACCGCUCUUCACGAGGCUCCCCUCGUACCGGGGCUGGCGAUUGGCCACGCUUUCAAAUCUCCCGAACAGCGUUCGAUUUUUUUGUUCACGCGCGCGUGUGUGCGGUGUGUGUGUGUUGGAGGCGGAGGGGGGGCGGUGUGAAAGCAGCGGUAGUAAGACUGGAGAUUGGUGGCAGUUGUAGCCACGCAGAUAGGGGAGUCGAGUGGCCGGGGACGGCCGCUCACCUGCCAGGUGACACGCUGGCGCACCUCCAGGACAUGCGCUGCCUCUUUGAGGCGGCGCGCUGCACCGCCAAACUGCCCGCCAGCCUCGGCGACAUGGACAUCUUGACUCUGCUCGACACGAUCAAGAAUGGGAAGUUUGCCCUGCUCGGGUGCUCAGCAGGUCCACCGUUGCCCCUCCAGCGGAAUGGCAUCGCUAUGCCCUCCCGUCCCGAGCUACCCCGCUGCGGUGACGGCGGCGGCGGCGGCGGUGGCGGCGAUGGGAUCAGGACGCGCCCUCCUCCGGUGGAGGUGGACGAGGAGGAAGUGCAAGCGCAGCCGCUGGCGCUCACCAUGCACAACAAGCCCGCGGCGCCGUCCUCCGCUCCCGUGCCCAUGGUGACGUCCCCUACCGGGGGAGGCCCUCCGGCGAGCCCCGGCAAGCGCAAGUUCACCAGGCCGCAGGCAGACGGCGUCUCGCAGCAGGGCAGCGUGGAGAGCGAGGACGAGGAGGACCCCGCCACCAAGGCCAGCCGCCUCAUGCCACUCAACCUGAGCAAGUCGGCGAGCGUGGACUACAUCCGCGAGCGGGAAAAGGCGCGAGGACACAGCCCGCUGGUGCGCAGCGCGUCCCUGCCGCCGCGCCACCUGCCCGGCGCGUACCGUUACGCCGGGGCCUCGAGCAGCCCGGCGCUCGCCGUGUCGCCCAACCCGGGACCCUCCAGCCCGGGCGAGGCGGCCCGCUCCGGGGCGCCGUUCCUCCGCGCGGGCACCCUCCCCGCCUUCCUGCUGCAGCAGAUGAGGCCGUCCGUCAUCACCUGCGCCCCGGGCGCGUCGACGCACCGCAGCAACGGGCGCCACGUUUCCAGGCCGAUCUCCGCCUCCAAUGGGCUGAGCGUGAGCCACCGCCGAGAGCCCAGUGCGUCCAUGAGCUCGGACCCCGUGGUGGAGGAGCACUUCCGCCGCAGUCUGGGCCGCGACUACCGGGAUCCGGCGGCCACGGUGACGGCAGUGGCGGCGGCCGGGGCGGCGUCGUGCCGUCCCGGCGACCCGACAUCGGCCUCCAACCGCGUGUCGGUCACGGGCUCAGUGGACGAUCACUUCAUGCGAGCGCUGGGCGACACGUGGCUGCGGCUGCGCUCGCCGGGCAGCGGCAGCUCCGGCGACGACCGGAGUCCUCACCCGGCGUCGCCGCCGUUCCCCUUCUCGCCGCCGCUAACGCCGUCCGCGGCGGCGGCGGCCGCGGCGUCAUCCCCACCGCCGCCGCCGCUGCUGCUGCUGCCGCCGCCUGCGGUUCGGUCCGAGUCCGGCGUUCGGGCCUACGGGGGGCAGACGGCGGCGGUAUCGGUGUCGCCGCACCGUUCCAGCCACAGGGCGCCCUCUCCCCGCGUGCUGCUGUGAAGACCGCAACAACGAAAUUCAAACGAUGACAAUAAAGAAACGGCCGUUCCGUCAGCGUUAAAGUCCCGGCAGGGGCAUGAACUGUUGACCGAGUCCCCAGUGCACCGUGGGCCGUGUUCUCGGACUCCGUGGUACCGCACGUUUCUUCUCGUUAUUUCCCUCGUUUCAGUUUUCUAAGUUUCCUUCCCGAGUUUGAAAAUCACUCCCCGGCGAAACGCGCAUGGAGGCCACCCGCACCGCAUGAAUAAAACGCUGCCACGGUCGGAAUCUUAAAUCCAUGGAAAUGUCUUUAAAUCUGUCCUCCACUCACGCUCACCUUCCUUCACCGCUGACUCGCUUGUGGGAGAUCGAUGCGAUUGGCGGAAUUAGUUUUUUUUGAUACUGGAACUUUUUUUUUUACAUUCUGUACUCUCAAGUAAAUAAUUCUCUGGAAUACUCGAGCACUCUAUUAUUUUUAUGAAAAUUGUCUGCAAGUUUCUUUUAGUUUUUGUAUACAUCCUGUUAUGUUCAAGAGAGAUUUGGAUCUUUACGACCGAGACUUUUUUUCGUGGCGAUGUUUAAAAAUGUUUAAAAAGAUGUUUAAAAACGUUAAAUUUGAUCGUCACACGAUUUGAGUAAACAAAACGAAAACUACAACAGCAGUGGUCAAGUUUGAGCUUCAGAGGUGAUUAAACGGCUUAAGAAUAUUUAAUCAUCCAUUAUGAAGAAAAAAAACCAAAUCCGUUUUCAUUACGGCUGUGCUUCGCAGCUCUCCGAUGUGUUUUUGGGUCAUACUGCCCGUUUGUUCCAUUGCUGAAGAAGCUCUCAGCACGUGGCAGCAAAACGUCCGACACCAGUCCGAACAAUGCGUGCGGCUCAAACCUGACAACGCACCGGAGAGUUGCACCAUUUUUUGUUUAAUUUGUUGUCAAAGGGAUGCCUGAAAGAAACGCCGUUUGUACUGCCAUCAUAAAACGUGUGGUGGCCAAUUGCCAUCAGACCUCGUUGAGGUUUCGGAACUCUGUACAUUUCAUUGCAUUAAGUGCGUGCUUGUGCUUUGGGUACUUUUGCACUAAAAUAAGGUGGAGGUAAGUUAUUAAUGAGGACGUCUGUCGCAUUUCAGAAUGUUGUGUACUGCUUAUACUGUCAGUUUGGAUUGAAUUGACGAUGCUGGAAUUGGUAACCGGCGGGAACUUCCAGUGUCUCACCUUGGCGUCUGGUGUUUGACACAGGUUAAAGUGCGUACUGCCAUAUACAGACUUUUAAACGAACCAAAACAUAUACAUACGAGCCGAUAUUAGAACUAGAGCUGGGCGACCCAACUAUUUCAAUGAUCCGCUACUCAAUCACUGAAACAGUUGAGGAGAAGAAAAAUGGUCACCUCCGGUCCAUCAAUGCCCCGCUGGACGGAAAGGUGACAGGCAAGGGGACUUUACGAUGCCACCAUUAUUUUGUGGAGGGUCGCCAUCUUUUCAAGGGGCCCCGGGUAAAUUCGUCGAUUAUAUUUUCGAGUCGAUUAAUUGGCCAAAUUGACUUUGCGUCCCAGCUCCAGUUGUACGAACUCUAUUGAAACUUCACUUCCAGCCUUCACUCCAAGUAUUAGAAAGGGUAAAGAUGUGGUCCAUCAUCCAUCCAGUCCUCCGUUGGCACUGCCCCAACCCCGUGUCCAGAUAUUUCAUCAGAAUUUGGAUGCCGCUUUUCAACUUUGCCGUUUUAACGCGCAGUGCGUGGAUGUCAAUUGAUCUUUAAAAUGACACACCCCCCGCCACCCCCUUUCUUCCUGGAAAGGUCACGCAAAGUAACUGAGGACUUCUUCCAUUAGUCCCAUUUUCAUAGGCUUUAGGUUUGGUGUCGCGAUAUUGUCGUUAUCUGUACCGUAUUACACUUUUUAUAUAUAUAUACCUACGUAUUAAUUUUCAAACUAAUAGACAAACGUGAAUGUGAGGCUGGAACGCGAUCAAAUAAUGCUUCCGCCAGAUUAUCUCAUUCAUGCAGCCGUUUUUUUUAUAUAUUUUGGGACCAUUUUGUAAAAAAACGAACAUUCCAACAUCUGGGCCUCGCGAUGCCGCAAGGACGGCCAAGCAGAGCUGCAGCCUUUGUCCCCGAAGCUUGAAUGCAUUUAAUAGGCUGGAUUUACCUACAGUUGCCCUUCGGUAACUUUUAAUCCGUAAAUCAUUUAUAGCAUUUGUAAAAUCGUUACGACUAGGCUGGUGACCAGCGUGUGGAGUUGAUUUCCAAGUCUUGCGUUCCUGCUAUGGACGCUUUUUACUUUCAGUCGAAAUGUCAUCGGUUCGGCUUCUGCUGUUUGACAACUGCAGGCAUUUUAAAAUAAAUAAUAAUGUAUGUGUUUUUUUGUUUGUUUGUUAAAGCAGCCUUGUAAACCUCUGGUCCUCGAUGGGACCUCCAAGAUCUUUUCGUUUUUGCGGCUGUUGUUGGGUUUGGGAUAGCGGGCGCCUAGCAUGGUUAUUGUUGUUGGAAUAAUGGCUCUGUGUGGGCCGGGUUUGAGUUUGGUUAAGUUGGGGGGUGGGGCGCUGGAUGGGUGUAAUGGGUACAAAUAAUUAAAAUAAAGAGCGGGGUGGGGGGCAAAAUGUUGAACAUUUCAAAAAAAUACGAGGGGCUAAAAAGUUAUGGUUUACAUGGGCACAGCCACGUGUGUGUGCCUGGUUGCUGUCUCUUACAAAUGUGCUGAAUCCCAUGCAACCCUUAGCUAAUGCUGGACAUGACGAAGCAUUACUUAAACGUAAAGUUUUUAUAUAAAUAUACAAGUUUAUAUUGUUAUCAUAAUUUGUUUUGUGGAUUCAUACCGAGGCACAUGUAGUUUAUUUUUUAUUUUUAGACUUUAAAAAAGUAUGGCUGUUUUUUUUAAUCGCAAAAAAGAGAACUGUUAUGAGAGAGUUGACUCUUUCUUGGUUGUCGGUCUUAAUUGUACCCUUGGGGCAGUUAUUCCUGAGUGCAGGAACAACAGAGAAAACUGGCUCAUGGUCUACAGCUCGUGUAAAAAAACGCACGCUCGUAUGCGAUUCCUCCGUUCGUCGUCACAGCUCUUUUCCCACUUGCACAACCGAGCCGUGCUGCGGAUGUGCCGAGCAAGCGCGGCGUGGUUCCGGGGAGCACGGGCUUUGCUUUUCCACUGCACAAAGCUGAGCCGUGCCGCUGACGCCGCUUACGAUUCGUGAUGCUAGGACGCAUCCAGGUGACGUCGUGUCAACAGUUGUACCGACCGAUGUCACGCGCGCUCGCACCGGUCAUUAGCACCGCCCCAAACGUGGCUUGGCCCUGAGCCAGAUUCAGAUGUCUUGUGAGGCCACCGUAGCACGGUUUGGGUCUGUCCUGGCUCGGUGGAAAACCACCCGUCACCGUUCUGGCCCCCCGUGCUGGCAUGUCUCGGAUGAGCAAAGCGGAAGAGGGGAACUAGUUUAGCUUUUCAAGGGCAGCGAAAUAGAUUUGAUUGAAAUGUUGAGAGGUGCCCUGACAACACGCUUUCUUUGAAAUAGUAAUUGAGAUGCAAAUUCUGCCUUUCUUGAUUAUUGCUGUCGCUUUGUUAAGGGAGGGGUGUUGGUGGCAAAGGGUGCCUAUUUUUGCCGAUACAUUUAAUUUUUUACACAACGUAAUUCUGGGGGGUUGGGGGGGGGGGGAUCGAAAUUGCAUGUGACCUGCACAUUUUCAAAUAUUCAAAUAAAGCUCUGUGUGCGAGCGAGCGAACGCGGGUGAUGCAUCUGCUCGAAAAAAAUCCAGACGACUCCACAAAGGGGGCACAUGUCAUAAUUUCACAUUGGGGCUCAAUGGAGCCAGAUUAGAUAUAAAUGGGGAAAAAAAUAUAUAUAAAUUUAUUUUUGCCGGUUGCAGAAAAGCCUGGGUGCAUUUACAAUCACGUUAGCAAGGAAGCGCUACUCUAAUGCUUGAAUGUCUUCGGUCUUCAUUGCGAUUCGUUUUAUUUUUUUACAAAAUGUUGCUUUUUUUUAGUGCUUUGUACAUGCAGGCAUUAUGAACAAUAAAGCUCGGAUA